UGGAUGGCCCCACUUUCAUUGAAUAGGUGCACGAGGGUAACCGUUUCUCGCGCAACCCAGUCCCGCCUCUGUCUCCGCCCCCGCCGGAAGACGAAUCACGAACACAAUCACUCUCCAGACUCCAAUCCCCAAUCCCACCCCAACUCAACAAGCCCGACCGAUCCUCCGUCCUCUCGCGCCCGAUCCGACCUUGCCUCCACCCGCCGUUGCCCUGCCCGCCCGACCAUCGCGACGACCUCUUCUCCCGCGCGUUCGGCACCGCCGGCGACCGCAUCAACAAGUGCGGAAGACCGAGGUUGUGCGAGGGUUCAGCCAUGGCGAGCGCGGAUCUGCUGCGGAGGGAGGAGGAGUUCUACUCUUCCCUCUUCGAUUCCGCUAAAGGUGACGGCGUCAGGUCGCGCUCGCAGUUGAUUGAGAGGAAGAUCGAAGCCCUCGAGGACAUGGCCACCAAGGUCAGUAACAGGAGAUCACGUAGAUGGUUGAAUGAUCGCCUGCUGAUUGAACUUGUCCCACGUCUUCAUGUUGAAGAAAUCAAAGGCCUCUUUGCUCCUCCACCAUGGGGUGAGGAACUGCCCUUGUCAGCAUUCUGCAGGACAAGUGUUGGUGAAUGGGAUGCCUUCAGGAGCAUUGACAUGGAUACUGAGGCAAGAUUGAUGCAACACAUGAAAAGAUCAUCGGAGAAACAGAGGACUCAUGUGGAUGAAGAUGAAUUGGUUGCACUGAAUGCUUGGCGUCGUAUAGAUCGCCAAACAAGACAAUCUAUAAAGAGAAAUUUUCUUCCUGAUCUGCUUGAAAUAUAUGAAGAACGAGUUCGGACCUUCAUUGAAGAUGCUAGUGAUAAAGAUGUGCUUGUGCUCAAUGUCCAGGACCCAUUUCAGAGGCUGCUUCUGCACGGUGUUUGUGAGUUCUAUAACGUGACAUCAACAACCACGAGCUGUGUAAGAGAUGGGAAGCUGUGGAGGACAACAAGCAUCAAGAAGAGGCAGGGCACGGGUGUUCCCUCCAGAAUCACAUUAGCGAGCUUCCUGAGGAAGAAGAAGAAUGGGUCCCAGUAACAUUAGCUGCGUGACAGCGUGAGGGCCUGCGGCUCCUGUGCCCAGAUCUGCCUUGGUGUGUGCUCAAGAAGACAAAUCUGUUGAGGUUCCGUUUAGGAUGUGGGCAAAUGUAAAUUAUCCAGAUUUAAAUUUGAAUCACAUUGCAAAGCAGGUGAUGUGUCACUGGCAAUCAUACGCCUAGCAUCCUUGUGAACGCUGUGGAUGUUCUAACCUAGUUGGCAAGUUGCACGAUUUGAAUCCAACUAGGGUAGAGCUUCCGUUUCAGUUGAUUCAGCCUUGCGCUUAACUUUCAUCAGAAAGGUUCCCAAUUUGCUUC